GCUCCGGUCCUUAAACCGAUGGAAUCAUAUAACCUAGAAAUUUGCUCUUUAAACCCAACUACCUCGACGAAAAUGAAUGAUGUUGAUGCACCGGAGGCGAAAUCCGAAGGCGUCCAAUGCAAGCACUUUGUUAAACGGAAACACAGGUUCUGCAAGAUGACCGUGAAAAGGGGCUUCCAAUAUUGUGGUGAGCAUCUGCCAAAUGACCCACAGAGUGAAUGUGCUGAAGACUCAAAGACCUUGAGGAUAAUAUGUCCCUUGGACAAUAAACAUACUUGCUUCGCUCACAAGCUGCAGAAGCACUUGAAGAUAUGCAAUGCUCAGCCAAACACCAAUUUACCGUACAUAUCCAAAGGAGUGAACUGUGGCCAAGUGGACCCAGACUCUACACUCACCCUGCAAAACACCAGGCAGUUAUCCUCAGUGCAGCCAGGAGCGAUAAAGGAUUUGGUGCAGAAAAUAACGAAAAUUUACGAUGAAGCAAUUGAUGGAAAGAUUCUGACCAACGUACAGAAACACGAGAUACUGGAGGUCGAGCUUAAGAAACCCGAGUUCGGCGAUCGCACGAAAAAGCAUCUGAUACAGGCCUCGUCCAUUGUCGGUAUACUGCGGCAGAAGGAUUUGAUCAAAGAUGAGACCUGCUACAUUGAAUUCGGAGCUGGAAAAGGUCAGUUGAGCUAUUGGAUCGCCCAGGCUGUUGCCGAUACAAAGAGCAGUUCGGUGCUUCUCGUGGAGAGAGCAUCGCACAGGCACAAGUUCGACAAUAAGCUGGACAAAUCGGAGGGACGUGUGCACAGGGUCAAAGCGGAUAUCGGGGAUUUGAUGUUGAAUAAGGUGGAGGCUGCGGAAAAGUGCGCCGGAGUCGUUGGAUUGACCAAACAUCUAUGCGGAGAUGCUACAGAUUUGACUUUGAGAUGUUUGCAAACUUAUGAGAGUAACGGUGGAAAGGUGUUUGGAGUGAUCAUGGCGUUCUGUUGUCACCAUCGUUGUCAAUGGACUGCUUACACGGGAAAGGACUUCUUUGCUAAACACGGUUUAACCAGAGACGAAUUCGAUAUUAUGUGCGGUAUGGUGAGUUGGGCCGUGUGCGGAAGCGGUCUGAGUCGGGAGUCGAAUAAGGAUUCGAAGGAAAUCCCUGUGAACGAAAGGGACAAAGAGAUUGGAUUGAGCAGGGAGGAAAAGGAGGAGGUCGGACGAAGGUGUAAGAACAUAUUAGAUUACGGACGUAUGCAUUUCAUGGAAUCACUUGGAUUCGGUUGCGAGAUGUUUUAUUACGUCGAUGCCAGCGUAUCGCCGGAAAAUGUAUGCAUCGUAGCUGUGAAAUGAACGUUAUUUAAUAAAUUUUAAUUUAAACACAA